AAGUCCGCAAAAUGUUCAUGGUGUAGAGAACUUAAGUUGUCAACAGCACGCAAACAUACAGGACACAGCAGCAGUGAAGGUCAGCUACUCGCACUGAUUAUGCAACUAGCCAGUCGAGGGCCAGGCAGUCAGUCUAGAAAUGGCGUAUGUGGUGCACACACAGCGUGUCAGCCGAUGACGUGGAUGUCUGUGAGUCUGUGUGUGUGCAUCAGGUAAGCCAAAUGAGCACACCGUGCAGUCCACCCACCCACCGAUUCACCCACCCCCACCCAGUCGGUUACGCAGUCGCGCCGUCAGGUCAGUGAGUGCACAGGCCACCAUUACAGGUACAUGACAGCAAAUCAGUGUGUGGAACCGGUCAGGUUAUGUGUGUGUGUUGGGUGUGUGUUGAUCAAUGAGGGCAACAGCAUUCAUCGCCACACACGCCAGGGAGUCAGUCAGUCGCUGAGCGAGCCAGCAAGUGAGAGGAAACAUGGGAGGGAUCACAUACAUACAAACAGCUAAGGUGUGCACCAAUCGGCCGGUCGGUCAAGGAGGUCACGCGGUCGCUGGCCGGCGAGUCAGACAGAUAGCCGGCCUCACACACACACACACACACGCAAAAUGGAUACGAGGCACUGCGGUGAUCAUCCACCCUGCCCGCCCAUUAUUGUGUACAUGAUGCCCGCAAAAACAAGAGCAAGACAGAGAGGCAGGAAGGCCCGCAGGCGGACAGACACACAUAACCCAGCAAAGCGACUCACUUUCAGGAAUGCAAGAGCUAGUCUGUCUACCGGUUUGGUAUCUAUUGCUGUGCGGCACGUGAAGUGAAGAGCAGGUCGUGUUGUGUCUAUUCGGUCACUGAGUGGCUGGCGAGCCACCACUCACACCGCACACGAACACACACACACUCAUCCUGUCUGCCGGUAGCUAGCUGACUGAGCGCUGCGGCCCCAGACCUGUGUGGGUGUGCGUGUGUGGCAACUACAAACAAAGGCAGGUCAGGACGCCACACUUGAGUUGACGUCCACAUCAGUCCAUCCACACGGACCCGAAUCCUCAUUGCACACACACGCAGGCCACACCCACACAUACGCGCGUAUGUGUAGCCAGCCAAGCAGCCGCCAUCAGAGUGGUCCAAGCAAGGCUCUCUCUUGUGUUUGUCUGUGCACCCAGCAUACGUAUACAUACUCCAUUCAUCGAUUGACCGAUCAGUCACGCACGUCGAGUCGACUGCACACCACACACUGCCCCCACGGCAGCCAUCGUGUGGCCUCAAGAUGACCAACAACACCCUGUCCUCUCCCCCGCCAGGCCUAGGUGGAUGGAUGAUGGAUGUGUGUGCAUCAAACGUGACCAGAUCGCACUCACUGACAGCCGGCCCUUGGCCCAUCCCUCAACCAUAUGUGGGGACGGACACAUCUAUAGCUGUCAUGGAUGACUGGGGGCCCGGUGGGGGGGGUAGAUUGAAGAAAAGUAGCGACAGACAGAGAGAAAAACCGAGCGACGCACAUGCGUAUGUAUGUGUGCAUGUGCACAAACCAGCCAGACAGACAACACACCAAUCGCCCCUCCCGUCCGUCAGUCCCGCCAUCCAGGCACUCCUUUGAGUACGUGUCUGUCUGUGUGUGUCCAGAGUAGCAAUCUCUCACGCGAGUCACGCUUGUGCAUCAAGAAAAGUCAUCUCAGUCGCCCCCUCACACAGUGACGGUGUGGUGUGGUGUGUCCACGUGUGCGCUGGCUGGGGCGGCCGAGACAGACAGCCCAAAGGUCCGUUUGGCAGUCACGAGAGUCAAGAAUCAAGGCAUCCAUCACGCAGCAAUCUUGCGGCCAUGCAGCCGAGCUAUAGGUAGAGAUAGAGGGGUAGAGAGAGCGAGAUGGGAUGUGGUGUGGACUGGAGUGGACACCUCGCUCACUCGCUCACUCCUUGUGCGUCCAUCCGUGGAGUACACACACGAACUUACCGACGCACACAUAGAUACGUACGUACGUAUGGAGUGGAGUGCAGUGCAGUGCACCACUCCUGACUGACUGACAUGUGUGUCGUGUGUAUGUGCGUUGCAUGAGUGACGAAAAACCAACCAACCGACCACGCCACGUCCAUCCCUCCAUCCAUCCCUCCAUCAAGAAUAUAUAGAUAUCAUGACCCGAUCCAGUCAGCCAUGAGAUAGAUAGCAUUCCAUGGACGGUCGAGUCAGUAGGGAUUAGGAAGUGAGUAGGGGGUGAUGGUGGCUGGGGUGGUGGUGACUGAUGUGAUGUGUGGUGGACGGACAACUUAUGCCCCUCUCUCCCCGAUAGUCAGCCAGCCAUAUAUAUUCACCAUUCCAUUGAUACGAUGACAUCACAUCAACAACACACACAAAACAAAGCAAAAGGCCGAGCGAUCACAUCAAUUAACACAUCCAUCCAUCCAGCCAGGCAGCGAACACACUCGUACGAUCAUCGUCAUCCAUCCACAAGCCUCAUGGAUGGCAUGGCUCCCAUGCCAUCCAUGCCAUCCGUCCACUCGACACGCCCCCCACGGCACACCACACUGCGAAAAAUCAAAUUCAUAAUCAAUCGGUCAUCAUCAUUGUUUGUCAUCAUCCCCAAGAUGAUGUCAUGUCAUGCUAAAGCACUGUACACCACCGCACGACGGACACACCAUUAGCCGCUGCCCCUCACACUCAGACCACAGACACCAGCCGUCAACCCACUGCAUAGCCACACGUGCGCGCGUGUUAUCGAUCAAUCAGACUGAGUGGGUGGGUGGGGUGACUGAGAAAGAGCUGGGAGGACGGCCGAGCCGAGCCGAGCCGCGUGUUUGCUGUGGGUCGGUCGUCGAAAGAAAAAGACGAUAUAUAUACGGACGGCGUGGAGGGGUGGAGAGGGGAGAAGACAGAUUACGCUUAGAUAGAUUACGGCCACACGUGGGUGGGAUGACUGAGAGAGACCAGCCACCCAGGCAGGCAGGCCGGCCAGUCGUCGUCCAAUCGCACCACACACACCAAGAGCACGCAGUGAGUGAGGGAGGGAAGUCAUCAAUCAUCGGCAGCUGGAUUUCAGGGUCGGGCCUGCACACGGUCAGUCAACAGCAAGGGUCAACACACAAUUAAGUGUCUGUCCGCCUUAUUCGCCGCACUCGUGUAUAUAUGUACGGUGAGUGCAUCUCACGGCGGUGGUGAGCGGCUGGCGGCGUCAUGGUGGGCAGCGGCAGCGACUGACAACACACAAAGCACCAGGGAGAUCCCUCAUGAAGACCUCCUCCCUGACGUCCAUCCAUUCACCCACCGGCUGCGUCAGCCAGCUCUGUCUCAGGAUGGUGGGCGAGCGACUGGGCGAGGGCACGAGCGCCUGACGCACCAGGCACACAGAAACAAACACAAAGCGCGAGAUGCGGACACACAUCAGUCCAUCCAUCCACUCAUGUGUGUCGCUCGCGAACCACCACUCUGUAGCCAAUGGUUUUCGUGAUGGUGCGCUGACACAACACAGCAGGAAGCGACAAUGGGUGUGUGUACGUAUGGACACACUGAUGAUGCGCUCACCGUCGCUAUGACCGCUCCCGGUGUCCACUCGAGGCUCUGUGGCACGUGCACAUCCUGGUCCUGCUGGUCCUGCUGCUCCUGCUGCUGGGGCGCCACCUCAGCGAUCUCCGGCGCCUCACUGUCGCCCUCAGGCCGCACGUCGCCCUCUGCAAUCCAUCAGUGGGCGUACACGCAGAAAAGACAUCCGUUGACUUGACAUGUGUGUGUCUUCAUGCCCAUGCGGUGAAUACGUACCUGCCGCCAGCUCAGCACCGUCGUCAGGUCGCUGCUGCUCGUCUGAACCACCCAAGGCAACAAUGGCAAGGCCUUUAUCCUUACCCUCUCAGACAUCAACGCACAGCACUCUUACCGUCGCCGUGGCAGCCUGAGAACCACUGCGGGUGGCUGUGCACAGUGGGGUCGUGCUGUCGCUGGUGGUCAUCUACCCAUAUGUCUGUAUCGAUACACACAGCCCAACACACAACGGUGUGUGUGUGCACAGUGAUGUGUUGCCCCCACACACACAGACAUACCCUCGGGCGGCUCCUCGUCGAUGCCCUCUCGCUCGGUCCGCUCCACGGCUGCAGCAGCACAGACACAGUGAGCAUGUCCAUCUCUGCCGUGCGAUGAUCACUGAUUGAUUCCUCCUACCCGCCCUCUGCGCGGCCGUCGCGUCGUCUUGCUCCUCUCCUGCAGAAAUGACAUGAGACAACGAGCAGGGAGGCGCCCAUGUGCUAUAGGACAGAUGUACGCGUAUCUCUCUAGAUAUUGACGUAGUACCUUCUGGCUGGCUGUGGUCGUGGCUGCCGUCCUGCUGGUGGGCUGGCUGGGCCUGCUGCUGCACCCAACCAACCACACACGAGAAGGGUAAUGUGUGUGUGUGUGUGUGUGGUUGUGUGCGUCACGACACUGCUGAUUCUCUCGUGUGUGCAUACCUUGGCCUUCGGCUUGGCGGUGGGGGAGGCUGGGAGGGACUCCUGCACACAUGGGCGAGGCUGUAUACAACCAUGACAAGAAAGAGCGACACGUGUGACUUAGAGGAGACAGACGGACACAAAACCAUCCUUGGAUACCUGGGUGGCUGACUGGUGCUGGUCCUGCGUGGCUGAUGUUGCCACCUCCUGCUGCUGCUGCUGCACACAAGUAUCACACAACAUCACAACACACACACGGGAAUGCACGACAAGUCACGACCACCAAUAAGAGGCGUGUGUAUAUGGGCAGGCCACCAUAAGUGUGUCAUUUCUUCCUGCGUACCUCCGUCUCCUGUUGCUGGGCAGUGGGGCCGGGCGACGCUUCCUGCACACACACACAUGUACAAGAGAUGUCAUGACAUUCUUCGUUUAGCGUCCAGCACGUUUCUCGCCUGGUGCGAGUCCUGCUCUUCAUCAUCAUCAUCGCCGUCGUCGUCGUCGAUGUCGUUGUCGUCGUCGCCGCUGUCGUCAAUGUCCCUCUCGAGCUUUUGCUCAUCGCCGAAGUUGGACGCAACUGACAGCUGGUCGAGUUCGUCCCCCUCCUCCUCUCCCCCAGACGACUGCAUACAUACAGCCAAAAGAUGGACCUGCUAUGCACUGCUCAUUUAUUCAACUCAGUACUACCAGGUUACCUCGGCCUCCUCUGACUCCCACUCGGCCUCCUCCGGCUCCGAGUCCUCCUCCUCCCUCAGCUCCCUGUCCUCACCGAUGGACGGCAUGCCUGGGUGCCAGAGGUUCUCCUUCUGCACGCAACCAACACAGCACACACAAGAAGCGACGUGUGUGUGUAUCCAUGUGUAUGCUGUGAUAGCUAGUACAUACCUUGCUGUCGCGUCGGGUGCUCGAGGACGCCGCCACGCCCUGCAUGCACACAUGCAUGCACAUGUCACAUGACACACUCCUGUGAGCAAGUGCGUUACCGUAGGCUCAGGCAGCUCGGUGUCGUCCCCCUCGCCGUUGUCUGCACACAGACAGAGAGAGGCAGGAGGCAAGGAAUACCCAUGCACGCAUAGAGGGAGAUGAUUGUCGUUUGAGUGCGCGAGUACCUACCGUCGUCCCCAGACUCGCCUUCGCUCUCCUCCUCCUGCUCCUCGGCAUCGUCGGCAGGUGCUUGAGAGGCCUGUUGGACACAACCAGAUGAACGAAACAUUCAUUUAUUCAUUCAUUCACUCACUCACUCGCAAAACGACUUACCUCAUCGUCUUGCGAGUCGUUUUCCAUCGGCCCGUCCUCGAUGGCCGCCACCGCCCCCUGCUGCUGCACCUGCACACAAUCAGCAGAGGACGCAAAGGGAGCGACGCGUGUGUGUGUGCGUAUGCAAUUGGCAAGACACACGACAUGGUGCGCUGUCGUACGUACCUGGGCGGCUUGUAGCCGGUCCAUCGAUGCGAACAGUUCCUGUACACGCGUGCACACCCAUGCCAGCAGUCGGGUGAGAGACCCCCGAGUUUGCAAAUAGGUACCCUACCGCUGCGUCGGGCAGCUCGAGCCCCUCAUAGUCACCAUCCUCCUCAUCAGCAGCAGCUGCCUGCUGUUGCUGCUGGUGGUGGUGGUGUGGCGGCCCCUGAUGCUGUUGCUGCUGCGGCUGCACAUAGCCAUCAACAAGCAGCAGCAUGUGCGUAUGCAUAUCGUGGGGCGGGCGGGUGGCUACCUGGGUGCUCUCUUGCCGUUUCCCUGGAGCCUCCUGGAUAUGAUGUGUGGCACCAGGACACAUACAAACGAACACUCUCCACCAUUUCACAUGACACAUCGGUGGGCUGAUGGCCUACCACUGUUUGGACGGGCUUCCUCUUGCCCUCCCCCUCCUCAUCAGCUGCCGCAUCAGGCGGCCGGUCCCUCCCUCGGAACUGAAACACACAACCGAAUUUGGAUCUGGAUCUGGAUCUGGAGCGGUCGCAUUCUUUCCUCCCUCCUUACAGCGCUGGGCCUCCAAGGUCGUCGAGGGGGUGACGGGAACAUGGCUCACACACACUGCUGUUGCUCUCAGUGUG